AUGGGGAGAUGGUGGUGUGGUGGAGGCGAUGAUGGAGGGGAUGGUGGAGACGGCGAUGGGUGGCGGGUGAAGAAGAGGAAAGCGGAGGAAAGGUCUGUUUGGCCUAAUAUCUUGUCCGGCGCUAAGUCGUUAUCUUGUUUUGAUCUUUUGGACAAAUUUCUUGGUUUCCAUGUUUUGUUUGAUUAUGUGCCCACUGUGUUCGACAAUUUCAGUGCAACUGUAGUUGUCAAUGGAGCCACUGUCAAUCUAGGGUUGUGGGAUACUGCUGGACAUGAGGAUUACAAUAGAUUAAGACCUCUGAGUUAUCGUGGGGCCGAUGUUUUCAUUUUGGCAUUCUCUCUCAUAAGUAAAGCCAACUAUGAAAAUGUCUCCAAGAAGUGGAUUCCUGAGUUGAAGCACUAUGCUCCUGGUGUCCCAAUAGUUCUUGUUGGAACAAAACUUGAUGGCAGGUGAAAAGAGGAGUAAGAAAACAAAGAAAGCUAAGGAGACGGGGGUUCCCCGGAGACCACCAGAAAACCUUGCGAUUAGAGAUAGAAGCUCGUCGCCACGUCUCCCACCACGCGGCGCUCCAUUGCCUCAUGAUCCCCUCAUGAAUGGCAUUGCAUAUAGUCUUCCACCUCCAUAUGAUUUGUGGAUUGUGUAAGUGUUUUGUGAAUGUUUGCGAGGGGUGAAGUAGUCUAAUGUUGUAGACUAACUUAGUGUAGAUUAGUUUAAUGUUUUGUGGAUGUUUACAAAUGUUGAAGCAGUUUAAUGUUGUUUUGAUGUUUGCGAAAGUUGAAGUAGCUUAAUGUCUCUUGUGAAUGUUUGAUUGAUGUUUUUAUUCAACUUUGAAGUAGUUUCGAAUUGAAUUUGAUGUAUCGGUGGUUGUAAUAUAUGUGUUGUAAUAGUAGCUUAAUAUUUUAUGUAUUUAUAGUAGUUUGGUGUA